AUGGCAAAGACUCAACCAUCCUCAGAGUCCCUAAAUCUACACGUUACUGCUCCUAAUAAUUUCAGAAAAGAGUCUUUGAAGUUAGAAAAUUACGGACGCGGUCUUUUCUUUUAUCGUCCUUAUACAGAUCAACAUCAAGAUGAUCCAUGUCUGAGUUUUCAAUUAAUGGACUCAAACGCUUACGGUAGUGAAAGUCAAAAGCACUUCCAAUUUGCUGCUAACGUUACAGAUCCUCCAAUCCCUUCAAAACCUUUGGCCUCUAAUAUAUACGGUUCUCAGCAUAAUGAGCCUCUUUCACUGAAGAAGAGAAAAAGCAUGACUGACAACUCAUUACCGCAAAAUACUACCGAUAGAGUCAUUUCAUCUUCAAUUCCUCCUCGCAUAUAUUCCUACUAUACCUUCAUUGAACAAAGACUGCGCAAAAAGAAGCAACUAGGAAUCAAUAAAGUACGCUUGGGCGUUAUUUCAAAACCAUGCCAAAAACGUGCUCUUGCCAAAGUUUCAGACGUGAGUAUAUGUCAUGGUGAUUGUGUCAGUCUCUUCAACCAUUACCGUGCUCAGCAUAAUAAUGCAUUACUUUUGAGUACCAACAGAAUGCGUCAGGCCCUAUCUGAGAAAAUCAGUCAGAUUACCGGUGUCCAGUUACCGCCUUUAGUGUUGAAAAAACGGGAGAACUGGAAAGUUUCUAUUUCUUGUACCAAAUCACAUGAAUCCUUCAAUUGUUUGUCUAAAUUAGCAUUUCAAUGUCCGAGAACGCAAAAAUUUUCAUUUAUUGAUGAGUUUAAUGCUGGAGAAGUUGGAUAUACGGAAAGUAAAUUCGAGUGUAAUGAUAUAUUGGAUCCUUCGGAAGCAACGCACUCUGUUCUACCGUGGUCGGCAAUGUGGUCUAUAAUAUCCACGCAGUCUUAUAGCACUAAUUUCUAUGACGAGCCUUUAUUAAAAAAUCGCAUACACUCAGUGCCUAGCAUGCCAUCAGUCAAAUAUAUGUAUGCAGAUGAGCGAUCUUUGCUCUAUGUGUAUGGAACAGGGUUGCUAGAUAAUGUACAAUUGUGGAUCGGCUAUAGAAAAUGCGAAGUUUUGAGAGAGUGA